AUGUUCAGUGUUGAAGAUGAUGACAAUGACUAUGAGGGUGAAUAUGAUGCGGAAGAAAUAGAAGAACUGCAAGAAGCAGAAGACAAACUGCAAGUAUAUCCUGACGAGGAAGAUGAUGUUCGUGCAGGAGUGAGGUUUGAAGAAGUCCCCGUGUUGAGUACAACAGAUGAUUCAAAUAAAGACAAGAAAAGGAGAACAGGAAGUGGACAAUCAUUUUAUUCAAACAGAGUCAAGUAUCGACCCACAGAUAGGAAUCGAACUGACAGACCAAGACAUGGUCAUAUGUACUUACAACGAAUGAAGCCCAAGAUCAAUUUGUUAAAGAACAGAAGUGCCAUGAGAAAGAAGGCACGGUUGAAGAGAUUACAUAUCUCAUUAUACCAGGCUAUCGUGUCAAAGGUAAAAUCACAAAAGAAAGGAGAGUUUCGAGAUGACAACGUGUUGAGCGCUGAAGCAAGAAGAAAGAUAACCGAACGGACGCAUAACUUAAUGUUCCAGCAGAGUGGAACUGAGAAGAAACCGACUUACAAUGUGGAUGAGUUGUUGGUGAUUUCAGGCGUCAUGCAACAGAUUCGUGACAAGGUGUACACAAGGGAUGGAGUGUCAUUUAUUCAGCAGUAUUAUCUUAACAAAGGAUUAAAGAUUUUCAAAGAACGGGGAAAAGAAGCUGCACUCAAGAAACUUGAUCAACUGAUCAAACAAAGUUGUUGGACACCCAUCAGCAUUGGUGAAUCGGCUGAAUCCGAGAAGAGGAAAGCAGACGGUGCAAUGAUGUUACUGGCAGAGAAAAACAGUGGUGAUAUCAAAGGUCGUUUUAUAGAUAAAGGAAGUGAGACAAGAGACUGGCUGUCUUGA